AAGAUUGUACCAGUUGUGCACAAAGAUAUAAUUAUCAUUAUUUAUUUUAUGAAUCAUUAAACAAAUUAAAAAAGAUUUCAGAAGAAUUAGACAAGGAAGAUAGGAAAACAGAAAUAAUCCAUCAAUUAAGUGAUGAAUUAAAUGAAUUAGAUGUUAUAAUAAAUAGGAUAGGAUUAUGCGAUGGGUGUCAAAAGAAGAAUAUAUUCAACCCAUUAUGUGAAUUACUCACCAAAUUAUAUGAAUCAAAUGAAUCAAUUAAUUCAAACAAAUCACUUGACACAUUAAAAAUAAUAGAAGAUUGUACCAGUUGUGCACAAAGAUAUAAUUAUUAUUAUUUAUUUUAUGAAUCAUUAAGUGAACUAAAAAAAAUUUCAGAAGAAUUUGGAAAAAAAGAAAAUGGGGAUAGGAAAGCAGAAAUAAUCUAUAAAUUAAGUGAUGAAUUAAAUAAAUUAGAUGUUAAAAUAAAUAGAUUAAGAUUAUGUUAUGGGUGUCAAAAGAAGAAUAUAUUAAAUCCAUUAU